AUGCCGCCGAAAAGUCCUGAAAAACGUUCGAAGAAGGCGGGUUCUGGCUUUCCAGGGCUCGAUCCCAAGUUGUUCGAGGCCAUAAAGAAGAUCCCACCCAACCCUAUCAGGAAAGGUCGACAUACUGGACAUAGUGAAAAUCCAAAUGACGCGGAGUUGAAUGAGUUGGUGGCGACUAUCGGCAGAUUGGACUUGAAUAAACCAAAAGUCGAUCUUGAGACCUAUGACUACAAGGCGCUGAGAUCUACAAUCAAGCACCUUUCAUCUUGGGUCAUACAGCUUGAAAACACGGGCUUUGUGGACGCAAAUGGCCAACCUAUAGAACCCGAUCAAGCUCAAAACACCUCCGGUGUCCGACCUACAUUUGCCAUCUACUGCUACGACGACAAAACAGCCUAUCGAAUCACUAGUCAAUGUGUUGGACUUCCGGAUUCAAACUUCGUCCUCGAGACCCUUAAACGAGCUAUCGCUGAACCCACCAUCCCUUUGAAACCUUGUCUGCCUUGGUUCCUUCUCAUCUCAAUUAAACUAGCUCCCUAUGUUCCUGUUCUCAAACCUUUCUUGGAUUCCCUCCCCGCCCCAUUCCACUGGAGGGUCGAGACACGCGAAGAGGCCCAGGGUGUAAAUGAUGGUGUGCACUCCCUCAAUGAGGAGGGAGUACGAAAUGGCCUUGUGCUAGCAGAAAAAGCGAAGGUUGUCGGCAACAAUGCCUUCUCACAGAAGGACAGAAAGGCUGCUGUGAAAGCUUAUGGAGAGGCUUUGAGUUGGCUCCUUGAUGUCCUUGCCCAAAAGCCAGAUACCGCCGACGAAGAAAAGGCCAAGAAAUUACAGGCAGUAUGCUAUGCGAAUCGGGCAGCUGCUUACCUCAUUCCUGGAGAAGGCAUCAAUCUUAGAAAAGCUCUUCAAGACGGAAAGGACGCGGAGAAAGCUGAUCCCGGCUAUGCCAAAGCUUAUGUCCGUCAAGCGACCGCCAAUCAGCUUCUGGGGAAGAAGGACGACGCUCUGGACGCAAUUGCGAGAGCAUUGAGGUGCAAGGACUUGGAGAACGACACUGGUCUCGUCGACCGUUUUAUCGAACUGAUGACUGACGGCAAGGGACUGUCUGACGAUGAAGCCACUUUCAAAAACUGGACUCUGGAUGUGAUGAUUAACGAUAGAAAGAGUUCCGAAAGGUUGAGCGACAUCGAAGGCGAAUGGAAGAGACGCUGCGACCAGCAUCUCAGCAAAUGGAAGCAUUGA